AUGCCUCGAUCUUCUCGUAUAGGUGAGUUGCAAUACGAUCCUGAGAUUGAGAAGACAGAACGUAUACUGAAAAAGAAAACUAAACAACAAGUAAGGUCAUCUAACUUGGUUGAACCUUCUAGUGAAUUUGAAGAGGAGAUUGAAACCAUGGUGGACGAGAGAACCUUGAGAGAGCUAGCUACACCAGAUUUAAAUCAGCAACUUCUUUGCAUAACAUAUCCUGUUUUAGAAGUACCAUUCGAAUUGAAAUCUGGAUUAAUUCACUUACUUCCUUCUUUUCGUGGACUUGCAGGUAAAGAUCCUCACAAACACCUCAAGGAAUUUCAUGUGGCAUGCUCAACCAUGAAGCCCCAAGGAGUCACAGAGGAGCAAAUAAAAUUAAGAGCAUUUCCAUUUUCUUUAGCCGACAAAGCUAAGGAUUGGCUCUAUUAUUUGCCCUCUGGAUCAAUUACCACGUGGACUGAUAUGAAGCAGCAAUUUCUUGAGAAAUUUUUUCCUGCUUCCCGAGCUGCAAGCAUUAGGAAAGAUAUCUGUGGGAUUAGACAAUUUAAUGGAGAGACAUUGCACGAGUAUUGGGAAAGGUUCAAACAGUUAUAUGCAAGAUGUCCUCACUAUCAAAUCCCUGAUCAACUUCUCAUUCAACAUUUUUACGAGGGAUUAUCAGCAACAAACAGGAAAAUCAUUGAUGCAGCCAUUCGAGGAGCAUUGGUAAAUAAAACGCCAACAGAAGCGAGAAGGAUAAUUUCAAAUAUGGCAGCCAAUGGUCAACAAUUUGGUCAGCGACAGGAUUAUGCUUCUAGAAAAGUCAGUGAGGUGAGUAUUUCCUCUAUUGAACAGCGAUUAGAUUCUCUAACCUCUUUAGUGGAAAAGUUAGUUGUAGGACAGGUUCAGCAAGCCAAAACAUGUGGAAUUUGCUAUGCUUCUAGCCAUCAGACUGAUAUGUGUCCCACACUACAAGAUGAUCCAAAUGAAUAUGUGAAUGCAGUUGGCGGAUUUCCUGGCCUACCUCAAAGGCGCUAUGAUCCUUAUUCAAACACCUACGAUCUAUGGUGGAAGGAUCACCCAAAUUUCAGUUAUGCCCUAAGGCCACGGGGAUUUCACCAACAACAAUAUUAG